AGGAAGUUGGAUUGCGAACAUGAUCGACUUUUUGCUAAGGGUGCACAAGGGGAAAUAACUGUUAUCGUCCUGUUAAUGACGAAGGGAACCAACAACUUUAAUAAUUUACUUCGAGAAUUUGCGUCUAACUGCACUGACUCCCAAAGUGGUGGCUCCAGGGUUUUUUCCUGUUCUUUUAUUUGUCAGAGCUAGGUUUCACAUACAUUUAUUAAGUUCCUCAAUAUAAUUUUGUUUUUGUUUUUCAAGCUUAAAGAUUAUGAUUGAGUAGUUUGUUGGGUUUUUUAAAAUCACUAUUACUAUUAUUGGAUGAUAUUUCUGCUCAAAAGUAUCGCUCUAUUAAAAACAAAAUUUCCUAAUAAUGGAAGUUUCGACAGCACUGAUAUUUUGGACUAGUGUUGUUUUUAGCCGUCUCGAGUUAUUAUUUAUAUUAUACUUUAUAUUAUAUUUCAGAUCUUUAUUUUUCCCCUGGAGGGCAGGGGAGGGAUAGGCCUAAUGGCAUCUUUGUUUGAGAUGCGACUGUUUUAGAACUAUUCAACAGAAGAACAGUCAGGAGCAGAGUAAGAAUGAAGAAGAGAGGUUGGGGUGACCGCUUCGUCAAGCCCUAUAACGGUCGAGCUUGACUUAUAAAUUAUAAUAAUAUAGCACUCGAGUCCAACUAUGUUUAAAUCCCCCUCUCUGACGCCUCGGGUCUACACUUCGGCCUUUGCCAUUAUCUCAGGUCAAUCGUAACUCUCCCACAGCAGAGGAAGAAAAGCACUGCCUACUUUCGGAAUUUGCUUCAGAACUUCAAAGGCGGCGUCAUAAAUCGCCGUUAUUUUUCCUCCCACUGGAAGUAAUGCUUUGUUAUUUGCUUGGUUAUCAGAGCACAAGUUUCAGAAAGUGAGUUUAUAUAGUUAUUACUCUAAACUUAGAUUCCAUGCCGUAGAUUAUUCUAGAAAAGCUUAUGUUUGGUAUAGAAGAAUGUGUUGUUGUUUUGUGACGCGGCAUUUUUCGAUCUCGUAGUGACGCGGCUUGCACCUGCGCUUGGAUUGGAAACACGAUUGAGGUAUUACUCCGCAUGCUUAGUAUUGUAGUCAUCGAAUCGAAAGAGGGGCUGGAGUUUUUUUGACGGGCCGUAGUAUUUACGGAAUUCAAGUUUAUGGUCUGUGAGCCCUCUCGAGGGUUAUGGCAGUGCAUAGUGGCGGGGGAAGUAAAGAUGUGAACUGUUUCAAACAAGGAAAUCAUCCGCAUGGUGUGGACUUAAGUGAAAGUGGUGUUGGUGUUGUGAAUGAAUCGCAAUGGCGUGAUGUGAAAAUCAAUGUUCUGAAUUUUAAUAGAAAUACGUCGGAUUUUCCUACAAGUUUUUCUGGUGUGCAUCAAUCGGGAAGUUAUUCGCCGGACUCCGAAAAUAUCAGGUAUAAAGAAACGGUCUUUACUUCUCAUACAACUUCGGGACAACAGGAUUCUCCCAGUCAUCAGGCUCAGGUGAACGGCAAAUCUUCCACUUAUAAUACAGGAUCUAUUGGUGGUGGUGUCGGUAGUUUCGACAGAGCUGACAAAAUGCAUAGCGGAGGUGGGCUACACAGUACGGACCAGCGUGCUACUUUCGUGAGCAGUAUAAGCGUGAGGGACUCGAAGCCUCCCCCGAUCCCCCCGUCCAUGCUAGGGAAUAAUGUUGGCCUGUCUGGAGGAGCUCCUAACCCGGGGUCUUUACACUGGCAAGGUGCGGUCAAGUCUAUGUCCCCGAUGAACACCGUUUUGCCGCCCUCAGCGGACAGCAGAAAUGUGAUGAUAGGAGGUACCCGGUACCCAGCGCCUAAAGCUGCGCUCAUCAAUUCUGCAGCACGGGCCGGCUCGUCUCAAUCACACCAGAUUGCGGUUCAAUACCAAACGGUGUAUCACCAUGGUUCCUCCUCAGCCAACACAAAUUCUAACUACUCCAGCCCCCGCUCUAGUGUUGGUAGUGGUGGAGAUUCCAAAAGCUCCAGUCCUCGCACAAGCCUCACCAACCCAGCUUAUUAUGAGCAAAAAUUUGGCAGCCCUCGGGCAAGUCUGGUUCUUGCUAGUCCUCGAUCAAACUGGAGUACUCCAGGUAGUGUUGAUUCAAAGCACUCUAGUCCCAGAGCCAGCCUUGCAGGUCCUUCAGUGGACAAGUUUUCUGGCGUUGUUAAUCCAAGAGUUGGCUCUCAGGUCCAGAGAGCAGACUUAGAUCAAAUGUCUAUUUUGUACCCGCAAACGUCACAGGGAAUUAUAAGCCUUGGUCCCAGGAAUGUCCCACUACUCAGUGACAACAGAUUUAACGAACCUGCCCCUCCGCACAUUUACACAGACCCCAGACAAAGAACUCUGCCGCCACAGACAGCUGUAAGUGUUCACACUUCGUCGUAUGCACACAGCGUCAACAACCAGAUUCCAAAUCAAAUCCACAAUGGUGGCGUUCAUGUACCCGUCAUGUCCCAGAAUUCAUCCGCUGUCUCAUCGACAAAUCUGUCUCAAGGAAAUCCUCAUGCUGCUUCUUCAUCUGUCGCUCAAAAUGCCCCACCUUCGCUCCCUGCUCGUGUCCCUCUCAACAAAGCAGCAGACUCAGAUGCGGAGCGAGCAGUGGCUGCUCUCACCCAGCAACUGGAACGGGAUAUGAGCAUCUCUGGAGCAGCAGUGGCCUCUGGAAAGAAACCUUCGGAUUAUCCAUCUUCUCAGCAGGGAGGUGAACUUGAACCUCCUCCACCUUAUCAUGGUCCGCACGAUGUGCAGACAUCACUCAAACUCAGCGCUGCCAGUACACAGCAGAAAGCAAAUGUUCGCCUUGUGGCACCUGUUCAAGGAAUACAGGUUCAGACCGGCUCGACAGCUUCGUCUGACCUGUCAGGCAUGUCACCAGGUAUGAAACCGGGUUUAGCAUUUCAAGUGACACCACCCAAGAAUAAAGGUCCGUCAGAUGCUGAGCGUAAAUUGGCAGCUCUUACACAACAGCUGGAAGAUGAAAUGGAUCAUGCAGCUGGGGAUUAUUUUGGUCAGUGUGUGACGUGCGGCGAGAAAGUGACCGGUGCCAACGAGGCAUGCCAGGCUAUGGGGAACUUGUACCAUACGCGGUGUUUCAUCUGCUGUUCUUGUGGUCGAACUCUCAGGGGUAAAGCAUUCUACAAUGUGCACGGCAAGGUGUACUGUGAGGAGGACUAUUUGUACUCAGGAUUUCAACAGACAGCAGAGAAAUGUGUUGUGUGUGGUCACCUUAUUAUGGAAAUGAUCUUACAGGCUAUGGGUAAAUCUUACCACCCCGGCUGUUUUCGAUGCUGCAUCUGCAAUGAGUGUUUGGACGGUGUGCCCUUCACGAUAGAUGUGGACAACAAGAUAUACUGUGUGUCAGAUUAUCACCGAGUGUAUGCACCAAAAUGCGCAGCUUGUGGGCAGGCUAUCACACCAGUGGAUGGUACGGAGGAGACAGUUCGAGUUGUGUCUAUGGACAAGGACUUUCAUGUGGAUUGCUAUCAUUGUGAGGAUUGUGGUCUCCAACUAACAGAUGAGGCAGACAAGCGGUGCUACCCCCUGGACAACCAUCUCUUCUGCCACAACUGUCACAUCACCAGACUCAACGCACAGUAUCCCAAUGAGACGUUUUAUGUAGAUCCGACCACCUUUAAUAUUCACAACCGGGGAGAGGCUCGAAGGGGCAGCAACGCCAGCAGCGAACCCUCAGGCCCCAUCUACUCUGCAGUGCCCAUGCAAGCAGGGCUGAGCACGGUGCCACCACUGGUCGUCGGACAGACUGGUGGUGGGAGUGUCAGCCAUCUCCAUGGCAAUAGCAUGGUUGGGGGUGGUGGUGGUAUCGGCGGUGGGGGUGGUGGCGGUCGCAGCGUUUUGCCGGGCAAUGCUAGUUUCAACAGCCAUGGCUAUGGAAGCAGCGGCAGUUCGGGUGGAAUGGCAAGUGUCGCCGGCGACCCUCAGCUCAUGGGCAUGGGAGGUCUGGGCUACAUGCGGGGGCGUGGCAGUAUCGGCAGCAGUCACAGCAGCGGGGGCAGUCAGGGCAGCUUUCCCGGGAGCCCGGUACACAGCAACGCCCCUGUCAGCCUCCCUCAUAACCAUCUAGACACUGGGAGAAUGGGACUGAGGAGGGACUCCAAUCCCAUGCAGACCCCACCCCCUGCCCCGCCUCCUUAUAGUGGAAGUAGCGCUGCCAGCAGCUUAAUGGGUAGUGCUCACAGUAGCCCCGCCCACCAUCCCAACAACCUAGCCCAUCUCAUGCAGCACAGCAACCAUGGCAGCCCAGCCCACAGCAGGCCAGUGGCCUACGAAAGUGCAGCCAAUUAUCCUCUGUAUCAGAGCCCGCUCAGCUACCAUGAGAGGCGGAAUGACAAUUUCAAUGGACCAUUUUCAGGAGGACAGCAGGCCCAGCCCCAGCAGCCCAUGCUGCAGAAGCCUCCUUCUCCGACACUCGGACCCCCACCACCCCUGCCACAGCGGCCCGCCUCCCGAUUUGUCUCACCUUCACAGUCGCAAGGAGGCUCAGGGACCACCCCCAGCCAGCGCAAGCCCAAGUCAGGGGGCGCCUACCACAUCACAGACUUGUAGACACAGGGUCAUUUUCACCGGUCAUCUCAACGUUUGGCUACGUGCUCACGUGUAAUUCAACAUGACAUGAAGGGAAAGGUGUGAAAAGUUCAAAACUUGCCAUAAUCAAUGCAUAAUGCUGUAUUGUAUGGAGUAAUUAUGGUAAACACACAUGUUUUUAUUAUUCCAGUCAACUGUAUUUUUUUUCUAUGCAUCCAAUUUAGUUUGGUCCUGAGGGAUUAGUCAUUUAUAAAAUGAACCGUAUUUUGCCAUAGACUAGUAUAUACAUUCAGCCCUGUGGGAUCUCAGAGUUGUUUUAUAAUGUUCUAUUAUGUCUUUUGUCUGCGGUUAGACAAGUGUGACAAAAAAAAUGUCAGUUCUCUCUGUCAUGUCUUGUCUUGGUUUUUGAGUAUUUAUAUGACUGAAAGAACAUGGGCUCCUCAAUCUAGGAGUUCAAUUGCUCAAGUUCAGUUUUUCAUUUUGCCCACUUUUUCAAAGUUGAAGUGCCAGUGUUUGAAGUUUCAACAUUAGUAAAUGAUGGCAGAAACUUGUUUAUUUGGUUGAACAUUCUGGUCCUUUUUUGGCCUGGAAAGCAAUCUGAACUUCUCCUCUGUGUUCCAUAUGACUUGUUCAAAGUAUUUAUCUUUAUGCAACACAUUAUCUGCCUACCCCUUCUUCUUCUUCAAUACCUUUUCCUUCUCCAUCCCCCCAUCCCCAAACUUCGCUUUUCACUCUUAUCUUUCUUAGGUCUUUUCCUGCAUUUUGCUUCUUGUGUUCAACCAAUUUUUCUCACUGGAAGACAAUUGUAGAACAGGUUGCUUUUACAUGGUCGAUUUCCAUUCAAAAAGUGGAAAUGGGCACCUGAGCAAGUUUCAAAUUUGAUUCUUUUCUGAGAGUUUUCCUGAGCCCUGCGCUUAAACGACAGGCUAAAGACUUUGCUUUCACAAUGAAUUUUGUGUCUUGCAAAGCAUUAAAAUCAAACUCACCGGACAAUACAAAAGGAUGAAGAGUAUUGUGCUUAAAUAACUGGCUUAGGACUUUGCUUUUACAAUGAAUUUUGUGUCUUUUCAGAGCAUUAAAAAUCAAACUUACCAGACAAUACAAAAGAGUGAAGAGUGUUGUGGGUUAUGAAAUCAUUGUUCUUAAAGCAAUUGUUGUGCAAUUGAGUGCUGUAUAAAUGUUGAUCUCACCAGAAUUCGUCUGCUUGAUGUCUGUCUAGACCAAGCUAUGGAAGGCUAAAUUUCACCCUUUGGGCUGUGUAGUCAAGACCAAUUAUUGUUAUUUAAUGAAUCUCAGCUGUAGACCCAUUCCCCUUCCAUCUGCUCUCUCAUUGCACAGACAUGGACUGUAGGUUGUUGUUUUUUAAGUGUGUUCAUUUCAUGUCAUGAUAGAUUAGUCGCAUUUAUUUCUUUUUUUGUUUCUAUCUGACUUACUCUUGGUUCAUGACAAUAAGAGGGAAGAUCAGACUUCCAACAACAGAAAUAUGCAAUAUAAAUGCAUUUAAUUUUCAUGAUGUUUUAGUGCUUCGCAUAACAAACUUUGAUCUAUGGAAAGGUAGAAAUCGUUUUGUACUGAAAAUAAAGAGGAAAAUAUGUCCAUCCCUUACAAGUGCAUCGCCCUUAAAAUUCAUGGUCACACCC